GUCGGGCUGUUGGGAUUUUACCUGAAGAAACGGAAUUUUCAUCAGAUUAUUUAUGUCUAACCAGGACGAUACCGGGAAAUCAGAGCCGCCGAUGAAGCGCUGGAAAGGCUCGCCGUGUGAUGUCGACUCCUGGGUCGCCCUUCCAGUCCUGUCAGAUGAGCAGUCGCAGGAUGUCGAGCUGGUGGAGGUGUACGCUGCGCCCAUCCUCGACAAGAAGGAGACAUCUCGGCUCGUCAGGGAAUUGAACAGCCUCUGUCCGCUGAGCAGCCUUCAGCACGUCAAGAGGGUGCGGCCGUGCAGGGAGAGACCCCACCCCCUGGAAGUCCUCGUGUGCCUCGUCAGUGAUGUGCCAGAAAUGCAGGUGGUUAGCAUUGACUCUCUGCUGCCCUCAGGUGGAAUAAAUUGCAACGGGUUGGGCGAGCCUUUUGUGGUUAAGGUUCCCGCUCGUGCCCCUUUGACCCGACCCCAGUUUGAGUUAGCGAGCCAACACUGGCCCACGUCCUUUCACGAGGACAAGCAGGUGACAGUCGCCCUGAGAGGAGAGCUCUUCAGCCACCAUCAGAAGGAAAGGAUACACGCCUACAUGGCGUCCGCUGUGACUGCAGCCAGAGAAGGAGGCGUGGCGGGGAUGGAGGCCAUCGGGGCUGUGGUGGUCGACCCAAAGACGGAGAGGAUCAUUGCAGUCGGCCACGACUGCAGACGCAAGCACCCUCUUCAUCACGCUGUCAUGGUCGUCAUCGACCUUGUAGCUCGGAGUCAGGGCGGUGGGUUCUAUGGUUUUGACAGUUACCCCGCCUGCAGGUUUACUUCAGCGAGCUCAGUUCAAACGGAGGCCCAGAUAGAGAACGGCACUCAGCCGUACAUUUGCACCGGGUACGACCUUUAUGUGACGAGGGAACCUUGUGUGAUGUGUGCCAUGGCCCUCGUUCACUCUCGGAUCGGUAGGGUUUUCUACGGAGUCACUUCAGCUGACGGGGCGUUAGGGUCAAAGUUCAAAAUCCACACUCAGAAAGAUCUGAACCAUCGAUUCGAGGUGUACAGAGGAGUUCUAAGCAGGGAGUGUGAGGAUCUUCACAGCAUGGAUGACCACAUCAAAAAGGACAGAGGAGAAUGAAGCCAACUGUUUAUUACACCUUAAAACUCAGACAUGAAAGAGAAGCCAGCUACAUUUUCUCUAAUGGCCUGCAGGGGGCAGCGACUCGUCAGACGCUGUAAGACUUCUGAUCCUGUAGAAGUCUAUGAGAAGACAGCCACGUCUCCCUUUGGUUUUUGGCUUCCGAAAACAUGUUCCUGAUGAGUUAAAUCAAACAUUCAGUCCAGUUAAAUUAUGAUCAUGACUGGAGUCAGAAAUGAGGAUUAAUCAGGACAUGCUCAUUAUAUAAAUACCUGUUAAUCACAAGUCUGUAAAAUGUUUAUGUUUUAAGCUGAGAUAAACUUCAACAUCUACUGAGUUCAUUAUGCUUUUGUAUCAGAGAUCCAGUGAGAAAUUUUUUAUUAAAUUUUUUAUCCAAACCCAGAUAAAGAACUUGUGUAUUUGUCUCCAUCUAGUGGUCAAUUAGAUUUACUGCAGUGGUUCAAUCCUUUACCUUCAAAGCAUAUCCAAACAUCAGCUCUGCUUUCGCCUGGAAGCAUCUUCGCACAGCUGCCCACACUGAGAGAUCUCUAGAGAUUUUAUUAUGCCACAAAACCACUACCUACAGCAGUUAUUUAAAUCGAAACACCCAAUGCAGCUCUUUAGAGAUCAAGAUGUGGAUGUUAGAUGUUGAUGUUUCCUCAAUUCUCCCCCAAAGGUCCCACAAUAUUUAAUCACACAUGUAUUUAAAAGACCUCAUAAGGAAACAUAAUAAAGGCUAAA